GUGGCAGACAGCCAGUUUCAGUGAUGGCACCAACUGUCACUGUCACUCUCUGCUUCCACGCCGACUGAAUCGUCUCUGUGUGAUGGAGCGUGACUUGAAGUGUCUCUCUUGCAGUCAGUGGGUAUCUCUGGUCCCUCUCCUUUCAGUGCCGUGCAAUACGGCCACUCGAAAAACAUUUGUCUUGGUGAACAGAGCACAAGUCAGUUUACUGAUGCUGAUCACAGUAUGAAUGGUGAAUGGACGCAUCGUUGCAAAUGAACACACUCAACAACGCAAAGAGUUUUUUUAUUGUAAUUUCACAGAUUUGUAGCUAGAGAAACUACUCUGACUGUAUGUACAUGUUGAAUAUCUGUGUGUAUUAAAGUGUGCACAAGCAGUGAAUUGUAAAAAGGGAGAUGGACAUAUUUCACAUACAUUUAUAGAAAUCGACAAAACCAAUAGAGACAAUCCUUUUCAGUUCUGGUCGUCAGUGUUGCUGUCUCUUCACCUCACGAACUAUGGUCUACAGUCAAUCGUCAAACAAAAAUGUAAAUAAUUAUGUCCGCUUCGAUUAUUCUUUAUGUUGAAUCAAGAUAAUCUAAGGUAAAUGACUGAUAAUGGUAUCUUCUAUCUUCAGCAGAAAAGAGAGCACAAAAGUAUGUUUUCCCAAAACCUGAAUCACAGAAGAAUGAUCAUAUGAUAAUUAUAAGAUACUGUUAGUUGACGAAUCAGUAGUUAAACUAAAAUCUCCCAGCCCUGCACUGUAAAGAGUGUGUGUACAUACUUGUAUUUACAGUAUGACCUCUUUAUGGCUUCUUCUGUUAUGAACACUGACAUUGUCAGGACCAUAACCUGUGUGUGUGUCAGUUAUUGGUGCAUCAUCCUCAUCAUCACUGUGUUAAUUGAAUCAUGUCUCCAGGUGAAUCCUGUCGUGGUCACUGGACUGUGGCUCAUAUUCAGCACUCAGUGGAGUGAAACCCUCCUCCCUCUCUCUCUCUCUCUCUGCUUUCUCCCUCAUUAAUCACAACCUUUUAAGACACUCAUCCACUUCCGCUCUGUCUCACACACACACACACACACACUCCAUCCCUCUGCUUCUUUAUCAUAUUUAAUCACCUGCAGUCAGUGGUCAGGCAGAUCUCAGCCCUGUCAUGAUUGGCUGCACCAAUGAGUGGGCGGGGCCUAUUCUCACGCAGCAUACACGUACCAGCGCAGUGGGAGAGAUCCUCUCUCUCUCUCUCUGUGUCUCUCUGCCUUCCAUAGAUACGCCAGAGCGCAGACUGCAGCAGAAUGCAGGACCAGCAGGAUUUCCCCCAUCAUUCUGGAGCAGCAGAGAAACCAGAGACAGUCACCUGCUGAGGAGGAGGAGAGGGAUGCUGCUCCUGGAGGAUCCACUGAGGAGAACUUGACCCUCAAGCUGCACAGUGAGUAGGUGUGGAUCUGGCUCUCAGCAGCAGCUGUGUGGACUCCUGCACACGCACACACGCCUCUCUUGGACUGGACCGGACUUAUCCUGACCUACCUACCUGCCCCUCAUGCUCAUUUAAGGAAAGGAUGCCUGGGUCUGCGUCCCUGUGCUGAGGAGGCGGCGGCGGGCAGCAGUAUGGGCGCUGCGCUGGCCAGCAUCCCCACCACCACCACCACCCCCUCCUCCACCACCGAUCUGCCACCAUCACGCUGCCCCACUGACACGGGCGCUCCCCCAAGCCCCGCUGAUGGGCGAAGACACUGACGCCACCCCAGCACUCAACCUCCGCGGCUUCCUCCCCGACCACAACUAUGUGACUGAAGGGCUGCUCCUGGCUAUAGCCUGAAGAGCUCCGCCCAUCCUGUCCACCCCUCUCCACCCUGGACUCCUCCCCCAGGAUGUUGAGCCCCAUCCAGGUCCUGUGCUCCGACAUCACUACCCUUUCUCUGGAGCCUGAGCCGUUUGCCUCUUACACUGAAGCUGAUAUCAUCUCCACUGUUGAGUUCAACCACACUGGAGAGCUCCUGGCCACAGGGGACAAGGGGGGCCGAGUGGUCAUCUUUCAGAGGGAACCUGAGAGCAAGACGGAGCCUUUCUCCCAGGGAGAGUACAAUGUCUACAGCACCUUUCAGAGUCACGAGCCCGAGUUCGACUACCUUAAGAGUCUGGAGAUUGAGGAGAAGAUCAAUAAGAUCCGAUGGCUGCCUCAGCAGAACGCUGCACACUUCCUCCUCUCCACCAACGAUAAGACCAUUAAGUUGUGGAAGGUGAGCGAGAGAGACAAACGGCCUGAGGGAUACAACCUGAAGGAUGAGGAGGGUCGCAUCAAGGACAUCUCCACCGUGACCUCCCUACAGGUUCCGGUGUUGAUGCCGAUGGACCUGAUGGUGGAGGUGAGCCCGCGCCGAGUGUUUGCAAACGCCCACACCUACCACGUCAACUCCAUCUCCGUCAACUCUGACUAUGAGACCUACAUGUCGGCCGAUGACCUGAGGAUCAACCUCUGGCAUCUGGACAUCACUGACCGCAGCUUCAACAUUGUGGACAUCAAACCAGCCAACAUGGAGGAUCUGACAGAGGUGAUAACGGCGGCCGAGUUUCACCCCCACCACUGCAACUUGUUUGUCUACAGCAGCAGCAAAGGCACGCUGCGCCUCUGUGACAUGAGAGAAGCGGCGCUGUGUGACAAACACUCCAAAUUGUUCGAGGAGCCCGAGGACCCCAGCGCCCGCUCCUUCUUCUCUGAGAUUAUCUCCUCUGUGUCGGACGUCAAGUUCAGCCACAGCGGUCGCUACCUGCUCACCAGAGACUACCUGACCGCCAAAGUCUGGGACCUCAACAUGGAGAGCAAGCCCUUAGAGACGUAUCAGGUUCACGAUUACCUCCGCAGCAAGUUGUGUUCCCUUUAUGAAAACGACUGCAUCUUUGAUAAAUUUGAAUGUGCCUGGAACGGCUCGGACAGCGUGAUCAUGACCGGAGCCUACAACAACUUCUUCCGCAUGUUUGACCGGAACACUAAGCGCGACGUGACGCUGGAGGCCUCGAGAGAGAGCAGCAAACCCCGAGCCGUGCUGAAGCCGCGGAGGGUCUGCGCCGCCGGAGGAAAGCGCCGGAAGGACGACAUCAGCGUGGACAGCUUGGACUUCACCAAGAAGAUCCUCCACACGGCGUGGCACCCGACUGAGAACAUCAUAGCCAUCGCGGCCACCAACAACCUGUACAUCUUCCAGGACAAACUCAACUCUGAGAUGCAUUAACAGCUGGACGCGCUUACACCCAAACACAACAACUAUGCCAGAAUGUACUCAUGAACAUAACACACCCAGGAAUAUGCCUAACUCACAUGCACACACACACACACACACACACAUAUAAUCAGAAAACACAUGUCUGUGACCACAAUUUGUUCACCUUCUGUCCAGCCUCCCAGAACUGAAAGGACCUAGAGAGGGCUAAGAAGGGAACAGGCUGGAUUACACGAUGGAUUAUGGGUUGAAAAACAUGUCCAAACUGUGGAUGUGUUGAUUGUUAAGCUCUGGAUUGUGUGUGAUGAUUGCUACAUCAGCUUCUGAUUGUGAUAAACCCUUCAGACUGGAGAGAUGUUUACAUGUUUAUCCUUUUUUUUUUCCUUCUUCUUCAGGCUCUUUUGCCUCCUCUUCCUCUUCCUCCUCUUCUUCCUCCACCUCUCUAUAUUUGUGUGCUUGAGUGAAGCCUAUUCUUGUCCCUCGCCCACUGUUGUGUGUAUCAAGAAACCUACAUGGUUGUCUACCAGCGGCAUGGAUGAAAAAUGGGGCCUUUAUGUAACCAGCUGUUUGAUUUCAGAUCAGUAACCCCCCCCCACACACACACACACACUUUUGUUCCUGUAAUUUGUUCAAUGAUGUCAUCACUAGUGAUAACAAUGACGAUUUGAACAGAUAUGUGUAACGCACUAAGACGAAUUUGAACCUAAGUGCACCCAGAAGUCUCUGAGCUCCACUGGACCAUGUUCAGCGGAGCUAAAAAACCCUCAUGGUCCUACAGAGAGAAGCAGAAUUCAGCCGAUUGUCACACCACAGUCUAAUGUAAGGACACACACAGUGUGUUUCAAUCAUCAGUGAUGGGGGAUUCUGCUUCUGCUCCAGGACUGUGUCAUGUGCUAAGCUGCCGCUCAAUAAAACUCAAA